AUUAGUACACAAACAAACCAUCACAUAGCUCUAAGAUUUCUUGUCUAGUAUUUGGUUUUCUAGCUAGUUAGCUGCUGUUACUGUUCUGAUAUCACGAUGGUUCAUCGGAAUAACGUAUGGGGCCUUAAACUGGCGGUGGUGCUGAUCGGAUUGCUAGCUAUGUCGCAGCAGUCGAUGCAGCUGAGCAUGAAACACCCAUACUAUGAUGUUAUCCAAAGAAUCAACGAGGACGGUUCUUACUACGGCCUUGUUCUUGUUUCCGACAGCAAUGAACAGGCUCUUCUUGACUCAAAUAUCUUUGUUCCGACCACCGAGCAUGACCCCACCAUUGUAUUGGCCGGGAGAACAUUCCAUGUUGGGACGAUCAAGGGAUCCACAGUUGUGUAUGUAAAGACUGGAGAAGGAAUAAUAAAUGCAGCUGCAUGUGUGCAAUUUCUGAUUGAUACAUUUGGUGUCCAUGGAAUUAUUCAUUAUGGAAGUGCUGGAACAGUUGAUGAUACAUUAUUAAAAGUUGGUGAUAUUGUUUUAGUUGGCCAAGUUGCCUAUACUGGAUCUUUCAAUUGGAAGAGUUUUGAAACAAAGAAAGGUCAGCUGAAAUUCGGAAGUUACAAUUAUCCAGAAGAAGGAAAAAAUUUGCUGGGAAGCAUAGAUUUUCAACCAUCAACAUUAUUCACUCCAUCAGGAGAAAAAGAAACCGUUUUCUGGCUCCCCCUCGACAACUCGACCUGGUACGACAAAGCUACAAAAAUGCAGAAUUUAGAGUUCGAACAAUGUAUAAACACGACGAGGUGCUUGCCGAGAACACCGGUUCUUGUCCCAUCACUGAGAGCUUCCACUGCUGAUUUAUACUUAACAAAUGUAGCAUAUAGAGAAUUUGUUCGUGACAAAUUCAAAGUCUCAAUUGUCGACAAAGAAACCGCUGCUGUUGUUUUGGUAGCGAUUACUAAUGAGAAACCAAUAAUUGUGUUUAGAGGCGUGUCCAACACGGCAGGAGGAUCUACUGCUUACAAAAGUUAUAAGUAUUUGGCUUCUGUCAAUGUUGUCAAAGCUAUUGCUGCUUUCAUUGGUACUCUUAGCCCCAAGAGUGCCAUCUAGGGUUAACUAUUAAUUGAAUGCUACUGUAAUCGUCCUAAAACGAGGCCGUUUUGUGUAUUUUGAUGAAUAAGUUUGGCUUUGGCCUUUCAUGAAUAAAUUUGGAGUUGGUCUUGUUUAUUUUA